AUGGCCGAGGAACAGAAACCCGUUGUCGAGCUCCCCAAGGAGGAGACCGCUCCCGUACCUGCUGUUGAAGCCGCCGAGGCUACUCCCGCUCUCGCCGUCGAAGAAAAGCCCGCCGAAGGACCCGAGGCCAAGGCCGCCGAGGAGGUCAAGCCUGUCGAGGAGGGUCACCUGGGCCACAAGGCUCAGGGUGCUGGCUUCCCAAAAAACCUGAUUCCAACAAAGGAAUUUUUCUUUUUUGGUUCCGACUCUUUCGAGCCCAAGUCUCUUGCCUCGUACUUAAAGGCAGAGAAGAACACAGAGCAGGCUCAUCAUAACAUUUCCUGGGCUUCUCACACCGGAAACGGCCUCCUGUUCAUGGGCGAUAAAAAGAAUCCAACCAGCAUCAUUAAUUUGGCCGACACCACUGAGCCCGAGCUGGACGGCUCCAACAAAUUCCACCUAAAUCACAAAGGCAACAAGCACAGUUUCAAGGCUGUCACUACCGCUGAACGUGACGAUUGGGUCGCUCGACUCAGGGCCAAGAUCACCGAGGCAAAGGAGCUUGUUGCUUCUGUCACCGAAUCUGAAGCAUACAAAAAUACCCUGGAGAGCUUGAAGCCCAAGUCUGCCGCUGUCAAAGAAGAGAAGACUGAAGAGGAAACAAAGCCCGAGGAGGCCACCAAGUCCGAAGCAGCUCCUGCUCCCGAGGGCGAAGCUGCUGCCGCGGCCACUACCGAGGAGAAGACUACCGAGAAACCAAAGCGUCGCUCUGCCAGUCGCAAGCGUGCUUCCAUCUUCGGCUUUGGAAAGAAGGAGUCUGCCAAGGAGAAGAGGGAUGAUUCCAAGGAUGAAGAGCCUGUUGCCCCUGAGGUCACUGAACCCACUGAGGCCGAUGCUCAGGUUGCCGAGGGCGAGGCUCCAGCGGCCACCGAGGACAAACACGACGAAACCUCCAAAGAGAAGCCGUCGAUGCCCAAACGCAACAGCAUUUUCGGCAACGUGUUCAGCAAGAAGGAGAAGAAGGCUGCCGAAGUGAAGCCGGCUGAGGGCGCUGCUCCAGGGGAGGGAGAGGCAGUCGCCGACACUGCUGCUCCAGUAAUCCCCCCCGUGGCGUCUAGCGCCCCUCUUUUCCAAGAGGGCAGCUCUGCCGCUGACAACGCCGAGGUCACUGCCACUAAUGGUGCCGAAUCCGCCAAGAAGGACGUCAAGGAGAAAAGCAAGUCUUCUCUUCCCUUCAACUUCGGCAAGCGUGAGAAGUCCCCCUCACCUGCUGAGGGUGAAGAAAAAGCCGAGAAGGGCGGCCUGAGUGCUUUCUCCAAGCUCCGUGCUACUAUCAAGGGCAAGUCCGGCGCCAAGACUGAGGAGAAGCCCUCUGGAGAGGCCGUCAAGGAAGGGGCAACUACUUCUGAGGCCGCGGACCCUGUCGAGGGACCCGCCAAGACGACCGAGACCGAAGCGGAGAAUAAGCCCGACAAUGUCGCCACUGCCACCCCUGCUGUCACUGCUGCCGCCUAG